UGAAGUUGCAUCACUCGACUGAAAGGAUUACUGUGGCUGUUACCAGAGCUGUGCUUGAACACUGUUUUGGAUGAACCCUCCCUGCACCAUAUCUGAACUAUUCUGGCCUUUUAAAUUUUAAGGGUUCAUGUUGGGAAGGGGUCUGAAACGCAAGUUGAGUGAUUAUGAGGAAAACAUGGCUGGCCUCUCAAGUGCCUUCGAUUCCAGUCGAAACCUGCCCUAUCCGCUCAAGAGGCAGCUGGUGCUCAAUGUGUGCCUUGCCAAGCUGCAGACAUACAAGAUGCUGGUGGAGCCAAACUUGCACCGCUCUGUCCUUAUAGCCAACACUGUCAGGCAGAUUCAGGAGGAGAUGAGGCAAGAAACCAGCCAGCAGCUCCUGAACAUGUGCAGCGGUCUCAGCGCCAGCCCUUUGGCUUGCAUGAGCACGGAUUCGUCCACAAUGCCUUUACAUCUUUUCCCUUGCGAUAACCAGCAGGAGUCCAAUGGUUAUGAACCACGGCCAGUAGAAGCCCCCCUGGAAAACAGCCUGUUGAUGGUUUCUGAUAAUGACAUGUCGUCUGCCAUUUCCUCUAUUCUGAAAGACUUGGACUUUAUGGAGGACGUGAGCCCGCCCACCUGUUUGCCUGCACCUGGAGACGAUCAGUUUAAGGCUCCUGAAACGCCCGGUCUUCGGUCGGAAGAUGACAGGCAGGAUUUGAAGGGAGUGGAAUGUGCAUUUGGCUCCUUUGAAAUUUCAAACUCAACUAGCUACUUGAAAGACUUGGCUAUAGACGACAUCUUUGAAGAUAUCGACACUUCGAUGUAUGAUUCAGACUUUGACUGCCCCUCACUGACGCUUCCAAGACCGUUCCCUGUAGCGCCUGUGGAAGAGACCUUGAAAACCUUUCCCUCUUGCAAUUCUUCCUCAGCAAGCAACAUCCCAAUUUGUAGAAGUGAUUUGAGUGACUUGGACCACAUCAUGGAGAUUCUUGUUGGGUCCUGACGGCUCUCUGCCCCUUGGAAAAAAAAAUCCAAAGAUAUUUUAUUCUACUGCCACAUUUGAAUUAAAACCACAGAGGAAUUAAAAACCAUGGAGAGGGAAGCUGCAAAGUGGUGUGCCAAAGUGGCAACCAGAGGCAUUAUCUUUGUGUGGUCCUUAAAAACCUCUCCAAGACUCAUAUGUAAACCAAAAAAUGCAGCUGGCUUUUGUGUAAAAUGGUAUAUUUAUUAAACAAAUUGUGCAAUCUUUUUUUUUUUUUUUUGGUCCCUCUGGGGUAUAUGCAAAGAUUGUCUCUCUUGCACACGCCCCCUUCUCCCCUUAUU